CAAUCCUCAUUUCUACUCUCUCCAAAAUCCCCCCUCCGCCGCUCCCUCUUUCUCCGGCAUCCCCUCGCGGCGGUGUCUCCCUCUUCCGAUCAGUGAAACACCCAUUCCCCUGGAUAUGGCUGCUGCAGCAUCUUCUUCCGACGCCACUGCCACCGCUUCAGAUGGCCCUGUACUCAGUCUCAUCAACAAACGCAUCCGAGGCCUUCGCAAGAAAUUGAACCGAAUUCUCCAGAUGGAAGAGUCUCUCUCCCAGGGCAAGCCUCUCAACAAAGAGCAGGAAGAAGUCCUUCGCUCCAAACCCGCCGUCUCCGCCCUCAUCGACGAGCUCGAGAAGCUCCGUAAUCCGCUCGCCUCUGCCGUCUCCGAAGAAAUCUCUCUUGCCCGUCAACAGGACGCCAUUUCUGCAGAUGAUGCGGCUUGUCAAGACCAAGAGAAACCUACUGAGGAAGAACCGCACGAGCCCGAUCAUGCUGUCGAGGAUCUCCUCAAUCUGCUCUACUUUGGGUCGUUGUUCGAUGUGAAGUCGCAGAAUGAUUUUACUUCCACAAUAUUGACCAGGACCCACGAGCGGGGAUGCUGCUUGACCUACGACUAUGUUACCGAUGACGAUACGGUUCCGCUGGGCGAGAGAGAUUUGGAUUUGAUUUCGAUGCUGGGUGGGCUCUUGAUUUCGCGCCCAGUCGACUCCAGCUUGUCUCACAAGAACGCAUUGCAGCGGUGCAUCCAUCAUGCCAAGCUGUGGCUCGCUAAUUCAAACGAACCCAUUGAGCCCAAUGCUAGUGUUACUUAUGCUGGGUUGAGAGAAAGGGUCCACAAGAUUUUGGCUUCAGAUUAUUUCACAACCACUCCGGAGAUGAAGGUUCCAGUUGAAGUGGUGGCUGCGGCCACUGCUGGAAAUUAUGUACCUUUCCAGGUUCCUGUGCCUGGAGUACCAGUGUCAGUGCCCGUCCAGGUGGAAGGUUCAGCUGAGCAAUACCUGCAAAAGCAGGAAGAAGAGACAGCAAGCUAUCAUGAACCUGAGACUGGUGAUGAUCAAUCUGGUCCUCCUGAGGACCUUCAGAAGGAUGAUCUGGAGACAGAAAAUCAUGCAGAGGUCAUCCCAGCUCAACAAGAGCAAGAACAAAGCAAAAUGCGGACAGAGAUGGAGCAUAAUCAGACAGAUACAGAGCACAAGGAACAACAGUAUUUUCCCCGAAGACCCUAUCAGAAUCAAAGAGGAGUUCGUGGUGGUGGAGGUGGCCGUAGGGGAUAUUCCAAUGGUCGUGGUGGUCGAGGUGGAAGGGGAGGUGGAGCCUACCAAAAUGGCCGUAGCCAAUAUUAUGAUCAACCUGGAAACUACCAGCCCAGGAACAACUAUAACAGUAGGGGAAGGGGUGGCAGAGGUGGCGGGCAUGCUUACAACCACCACAGCUCAGGAAUCCAAGGUGGUCAUGCUGCAGCUGAUGUUGGUGUGGCCUCAUAACACCUCUACUCACCUAGUGUUUAUAGGGUGUCUGUUCACUGGCUCAUGUGGGUGGUGACAAUGUUUUUCAUUUUUCCUUCCAAGAACAUGCUUUUAAUGCUAUCAAUCCAUUUUGACAUUGCACCAUUUCUCGGACACCUUAUUUUUGUAGUUAGUAUUCUGUCAAAAACAUUGGAAAGUGGUUCAGUAACAAUGGAACAUCAUGGUUCAACUCA